AAAAAUUCAACCUCACAUUGUUUCAUCACUUUCUUAAAGAUGACAACAGCAGAAGAAGCUUCAAACUUGGAUCUCAUAUGCCAACAUCUCUUAGGGGAUCACAACCUCUCAGAUUCUUUCCUUACCAACCUCCUUCCUAUAAAACUGGAAGAAGACCCUUUAGAAUUUGAUUUCAGUUCAUAUAUUUCAGACACCACCACCUUCUGCACUUUCCUUGAAGGCUAUGAUUUGGUAGCAGACAUGGAAUUCAUUGAUCAAAAUUCUUCUCCAAACCCCUUAAAGGAAGAAGCAAAGAAUGAACCAAUGGUGUCAGAAGAGAAGAAAUCAGAAUAUGAUAUUGAAGCAAGGCGUUAUAGAGGGGUUAGAAGAAGGCCAUGGGGCAAGUUUGCUGCUGAAAUCCGUGACCCUUCAAGGAAAGGUUCUAGAGUUUGGCUUGGAACAUUUGACACUGAAAUUGAUGCUGCUAAGGCUUAUGAUUUUGCUGCUUUCAAGAUGAGGGGUCAAAAAGCCAUAUUGAACUUCCCUCUUGAGGCUGGAGUUUGUGAUCCUAAGCCAAAUUGUUGUGGAAGGAAGAGGAAAAGACAAGAAUUGAAGCUACCACAAGUUCAAGUUCAUCACGGUGUGUCCUGAGAAGUGAGAAUAGAGUUGUGUGGUUGGUUAAUGAUGUAGCUUAAGUUUGACAGCUAUGAAAAUAUGCUUGUCUAGAAAUGUUAAGUCUGUCUAUAGAAGCAAAAUGCUACUGUGAAAUGUCUAUAUGGAAUCAAUUAUUUAAAUAUCUGUUUCAUGAUAUUAAAGUUUUUCUAACUUUGAGGAGUUUGAAACACAAGAAUUUUAAUCAAUUUCUGUGUGAAUAUACAAAGAAUAACGAACUAACGUAGUUUCUUAUUGUCUUUUUUGGUCUCUUUCUGAGGGAAACUUGCAAAUUCUUUUAGUAUGUUAUACAAAACCUGGCUCCUUUAAAAUUGACUUUAUUUUUAUCUUGUCUAAACCCUUUAAAAUUGAAUAU